GAUCUUGGUAGAAAUAUACCAACUUCAGACAAUGUUUGUCUUUGACCUUUAUUGAUAGUAAUAGCGAAAACCACACCAAUAGGCAGUUGUCUCUUCCUCAUUUUGAAUAACAAUUUUUUGUCUGAAGGAGUUAUUGAAAGCCUGGAAAUCAACACAGUUCAACCAACUUUUUCCUCUGUAAUAACCUUUACACAAAUAUGGUAUUUUCAAAUUAUCCCUAAACAAAACUAUAAAAUCGCAAAUAUGGUAUUUUCGAUUUGUUUGGGUGUGAUUAUAUAUUAAUUUUUUAUGGCUUAUUAAUUUGAAAAUCAUUAACCUGUUAACGGCUUGAUUGAAACUCAAAUUUUGCAUGCUUCCGGUGCAGAGAGUAUCACUUGGUGUGCAUGCUUUUAGUUUUAUUAUUAUUCAGCUUUCGUUUUAUAUCCAACCAAAACUUCUUCCUCGUUGUAUAACUAAUGCCAUUGUCCAUAAUUUAUUCAACGUUUAGCUCAAGAUUGUAUUUUUUCUUCACUUCCAAGUUCCAACGCACGAGUGAACCACAAUCCUAAAAUAAACCGAGUUCGUAGAAAGAAGAAUGAAUCUCUAAGAACAUAAUGGCUUUUAAAACAAUUUAUGGUUUCACUUUGUAACCAAACCUUCAUUACAAUUUAGCAGAAAAAAUGCCCAAUGUAGAUAUGGGUGAUUACUAAUCGUAUAUCCAAAUUUUUGGAAGUAUUCGUGAUCUGAUCCGUUUCGUCUGAAUAAUCAAUUAUCCAAUCUGAUUCUAUUCGUCGCCAUCUAGAUACUCAUUGUUCAAGAUAUCUAGAAAAAAUUAAAAUUUUAAUUGAAUAUUUGAUUCGAUCCGUAAAAAUAAAAAAAUUAGAAAAAAAAUCCAAAAUAAUAUAAAAUAAUAAUAGUCUUUUACAAAAAUAAAAAUUUAUGACUUUUAAAUUUUUAUUAAAUAAUUUAAUAAAUUUAGUAAAUGAAAAUACUCUAAAAUAUAAUAUUUAUAUAACUUAUAUAUAUAAUUUUUUAAAUAUAUGUAUAUAUGCGCAUAUAACGGUUAUGAUCAUAUUCUCAUCCCUAAAAUUAUUAGUAUUUGUGAUUUGUUUUGUUUCUUACGGAUAUUGGAUAUUAUUAUUUGUUUUGGUUUAUAAAGUUACGGGUAUUCAAAUUUUUCUGUUCGGAUCAAAAUGAAUAAGAAUUCGAAUCAAAAUUUACGUAUAUUUUGUUACUCCUGAACGCAGAUGGUCAAGGUGACGGCUAAGUUGAAGAAAAUAUUUUGUGACAACAAACCAAAGUUGAUUUCAGGCUCUUAGUUUUUUCGGUCAAGAUCCCUUUGGAAAAAAAAACAUUCACGUGUCAACUCUGACCUUACGUGUGAUAGAUUCUAGUCUUUGAAACUUCUUGUUUUUUUUCAAAAAAAAAACUUCAACUUGACCAUUACCAAUUGCCUAGAAAGGUAUGUAAAUCUUAUUAAAAAAAAGCAGAUUAUAUUUUGAACAAAAAAAAGAGAUUAUACAUUAUCAUAUGAACCUACCUAGUACUUAAAAAUAUAAAAUAUUUGUGCAUGCUUACUUUGAUUUUCUUAUGUAUCACUGUGUUCGUCGGACCAAAGUCGAAAAGUAAUGUCGUAAACCUUAUAUACUCUUGACCGCAUUAUGAUCGUAAUUAUUAUGAUAUAUGAACGAGUUGUGAUUUUGUUUCUGUACAGUUGAGCUAACGCUUGACCACAUUAUUCACACAAAUGCUUGGAUCGGGACAACUAAUUGUUGACUUCAGUAAACGCGGAGUGUGGUCCAGACAUAUCCCAGGUGGAAUCACAUGGCUGUAACUGAGAACUUGAUUCGUCCACGUAAUUUAUGUUCGAAUCUUGGUCUCCUCCUUGUGAGGCUCAUAUAUCGCCACCUCAGCGACUUUAAAUCUACCGCAAGUAAAUAUUCGUCCCGAGUCUACUGACCCAUGGACCAAACCCUCUGCUUCCCAUAAUCACAGAAAUGAGACCAAUCCUCUCCUCAUAUCACGAUCUUUAGCGAUAAGAAAAGAUUUGUGAAGUGACAAUAACUUCAGCAAUGGAAAUAACACCAGAUGUCAAAGAGAAUAAGCUAAAACAAUAAAAUCAUUAAUUUUAGAUAUAUAUAGUUAAUAGUACUAUUUUAAAUUUAAUUAAUAAAUUUGUAAUAUAUAAUUUAACUCAAGAUAAAAAAAUGUUUUAUCACAUAUAACAAAAAGGUAUAUUUUCUAAAUUAAAAUCACAAAUAUGGUAUUUUCAAAUUAUCCCUAAACAAAACUAUAAAAUCGCAAAUAUGGUAUUUUCUAUUUGUUUGGGUGUGAUUAUAUAUUAAUUUUUUAUCGCUUAUUAAUUUGAAAAUCAUUAACCUGUUAACGGCUUGAUUGAAACUCAAAUUUUACAUGCUUCUGGUGCAGAGAGUAUCACUUGGUGUGCAUGCUUAGUUUUAUUAUUAUUCAGCUUUCGUUUUAUAUCCAACCAAAACUUCUUCCUCGUUGUAUAACUAAUGCCAUUGUCCAUAAUUUAUUCAACGUUUAGCUCAAGAUUGUGUUUUUUUCUUCACUUCCAACGCACGAGUGAACCACAAUCCUAAAAUAAACCGAGUUCGUAGAAAGAAGAAUGAAUCUCUCUUGUUGUCGACUCUGUUUAUUAAUAAGUUCCAUUCCAGUUAAUAAUUGACGAACAAGAUCCACUGAGAUCAAGUUUCAAAGCAACUAACAAAUGCUUGUAUUCUAGCAAUAAUUACGUUGAUUUUCUUUAUUUUUUAGCUAUUAUGGUAUUUGUUUAGCCUAUUAAGCUAUAACAAUUAAUGGUGUGAUAAGUAAAAUAGGGGAAAAUAUUAUAACCAUUAGGAUGAUUACCAACCAAAACCAAAAUUGCAAGAAUAUGUCGUUUUAUAAGCCUUUAGUCGAUAAAAAGAAGAAGAACAUGUCGUUUUAUAUUUUGUCAAAAAAGUAUGUAUGAUAUUGAUUGGUGAAAGAGUAAAUAAUGCAUCGAAUGUUGUAACGAAAACAGACAAACCAAUUAGUGAAAAAGGAAAUUCUUAGAAAUUCCACUCUCUCGGUACAAUGCAGACCCCUUCCUUGGUGUAUAACUAAUGUCACUGUCACUAUCCAUAAUUUAUUCAACGUGGUUUAUCUCAAUAUUGUGUUAUUUCUUCACUUACAAAAUAAUGAACGCAUCACAUAUGAGUGAACCACAAUCCUAAAAUGAACCGAGUUCGUAGAAAGAAAAUGAAUCUUUACUUGUUGUCGACUCAGUUUAUUCACAAGUUUCAGUUAAUUAAUUUAUUUUGACGAACAAGAUUCACUGAGAUCAAGUUUCAAAUCAACUAACAAAUGCUUGUAUUAUUUACCUUCGUAUAUUUUAUUUAUUUAUUAGCUAUUAUAGUAUUUGUUUAGGCUAUUAAGCUAAAACAAUCCAUGGUGUGAUAAGUAAAAUAGGAGAAAAUAUUAUAACCAUUAGAAUGAUUACCAACCAAAAGCAAAAUGAGAAUAUGUUGUUUUAAAUAGUCCAUCGAAUAAGUAUGUGUGAUAUUUUGAUUGGUUAAGAGAGGGAAAAAAUGUUGCAACGAAAACAUUUAAUGUUCGUGCAGACAACCAUUUAGAAAAAAAAAAGAAAAGAAAUUCUUAGAAAUUCCACUCUAUUGGCACAAUGGUACUCCUUUUUUGGACAAUGGCACAGUGGUACGCUCACUCUGACUCUGAUCAGUGAGUGUCUCCAGUUUGAGAUAUCAAAUUGGCCGAUUUCUCCUUAUUAAGAUUUAAAUGCUCUACUCUGGUUUUUAAACGGUGAACAAAAGAAGAUGUUUCAGCGGCUGAAUCUCUACUUAAUUCUGAUAAGACCAAUACUUCUUUCUAACAACACCUUUUUUGGUGAGUUGAUUUAUUUCCUUUCAUGUUUAGAACAACCAAUGUAUUCGUUCUGUUUUUUAGAAUGUUUUGUGCUAGUAGCGUAUCUUUAAUUAUUUUGAUUUUAUUUGUUUUGGUUACUAUCUUUCGUACAUUUAUUUAUAAUGAGUAGAGAUGUGAUAGUGUUGAUAUUAUCAUUUUAGUGAGGCUAUGACGAGUGUCCAUGAGACAGAAAAUGAUGGAUAAUCACAAAUAUCUUUGCCACUUGUUUUAAGGUAUUUCUUCCGCUUUUCCCAUCGUAGCAUAAAGAUACAAUACAACCAUUACAUGCUGUAAUUUAUAGCAAUUGAGCCUGUAUGAGUUAAUUUUUCAUCUCCGCUAAAAGUCUUGAAUAUAACGUUCAUAGUGGAUAGUUAUUAUCUUCUUCUUUAUUUGUUUUGGGUGCGCUUAAAUAUAUACCGUGUAUCUUCUUUAUAUGUGUGGUACUAAGGUUAAAAGAGUAGUAGUAGUAGUAGUCAUGAUCAAUAAUCUUAGUUGAUUAGUUUUAUUUUGACCAGCAAGAUCCACCAAGACCAGGAUUCAAUUAUAAUGACCGGAAAUAACCAGAAAAUAACCAGCUGGUGCGUUCUAGUUAACAAAAUUUAUUUUAUCGACUUUGGGACAAAAUAAGAGAUCUAGGUAGGUAGCGAGGUAGGUGUGUGAUGAUGAUUGAGGAGGAGGAGACAAGACUGACAAAAGUAAUCGAUGAUCAUAUUUCCAAAACGGCAUCGUGGUGAGCCAAAAGGAUGGAUUAAAACCUUCAGAGACAGCCACGUGUUGGAGCUAGGUUACUCCCUGAGUAUCAACAUGUCAGACUACAAAGUAGUAUAUCGCGAGAGAACAUUAACGAGGUGGAGGAAAGAGACAAAGGGAAAAGUACUCUUAUUUGUUUUUGGGAGGUGGAGGAGGGAGAGAGAUACAGAGGAAUAAACAAAAAAAAAAAGGGAUUUAUUUCUCCUUUCUAGUUAAUAUCGGUUGACACAGUGUUAUUUUGUCCCUUUCUUUCCUGAUCAAAGCGGCUCAAAUCUUCGUACAACGGUGCACCAAAAAACAGAGAUCUUUGGUACGAUCAGAUUCUUGUCUGUAGGAGAGACUUGAUGAACAAGUUGAUGAUGUACUAUAAAGAAGAUUCAGCUCUCGCUUCUUCAAGGAAUGGAGAAAAGUGUUGAUGCAAAGAAUCUUAAGGAGAGUGAGAAGUUUGUCUUUGAGUGGAAAAAGUUGGGACACGUUGGAGCCACAGGUGUUGCAGAACAUUUGCAAGAGAAGCAUGGACUUGAAGCCUCGCCUACCGUUGUUGGAGAUGGAGAAGAGACAAUCCCUGUCUUCUCUGUCUCGCAUGAUAAGUUCACGCAUGAGUUCCACGUUGGAGAGUCCAGAUACCGUUACAUGCGCGUGAAUGGGAAGGCUAAGGAAAUGUCCAAAGAGUAUUCUGCCUUAAUGACUGAGUUUUGGGCAGAGUUUGGGAGGAAGCAGGCUAAAAUUGCCAAACGCGUCAAGGCAAAAGCAACAAAGGAAAGAGACGAUGCUUCCUACGAAAUCUCUCUAGAGAUCCAGAAAGAGAAGAAAGAAGCUGAGAAGAAAGAUGAGGAGGAAGCUAAGAAGAAAGAAGCUGAGAAGAAAGAGGAGGAGGAAGCUAAGAAGAAAGAAGAGGAGGCCAAGAAAGAGGAGACUCCACCAAAGGAGAAGCCAUCGCCGGAGACGCCACCGCCGCAGACGCCACCGUCCGAGACGCCACUGCCGGUGACUGGAGCCGGAAAGCCUCUGCCUGAGGAGUGAGAAGAGAGAAGAAGGAUCGAAGAAGGUUAGGGGAGUUUAAUAAUAAUUAGGGUGUUUAAAUUAGGUCUUUGCUUGGUAGUAGUAGUAGUAGUCGUAAUUAAUUAAGAAAAAAGGGUGGUAAACUUUUUCUUAAUUUAUUUAAAGCGUGUCUUAUCGUUUGUCUUUUCAAUUAAGAAAAAAAAACUCAAAUAUGAUCAUCUUUGUGAAAAAGGUUUCUUGACUAUAAAACUUUAUCCUUCUAAAUUUUCACUGUCAUGGAUAUUAACUCUGCAAAGGGCUAAUUUUUUUAAUUGAGAAGUUCAAUCAUUCACCAAAAAUUUGCGAAAAAAACGUAUUGGCAUCUGGUCUAUCAUUACCGGAAGUCUAUUCUUAGAACAAUCUGUUCUGCCUGUAUGGAAGUUGAGCUUUGAAGAUAAAUGACUCAAAUGGACCGAGUAGUUUCCACCUCAAUCAAGUACAAGUUACAAUUGGUGUAACAAUGUAGCAGUUCUUACAUUAAAAUUAAUUAACUUGUUUGCUUUUGUUCCUUCAUCUUGAAGCAAUCUUAUUGGUGUUGAAUUGACCAGUGUCGGUUGAAUCUCUAACUUUUUUGAAGUAUACUCUAUACAAUUACUAAUGAACUAUAACUCUGUUUCGAUUAUUUCAAAAGUGUAACAACGCCUGAUAACAACAACCCUUUACAUUGAUUUAUGUUUCAGUAGACUCUUAAAAUUCAAAAUAUCAUGUAGUUGUUAUACCAUUGAAAACUCUUUAACAACUUAUAAUUUUCUGUUUGUAAAUAUACUGAUCAGGUUUGUAGCAUAAUGAAACUACAGAUUAUAUAAUUGUUUGGAUUAUGGUUCGAUUUAAAAAAAAAUAGGAACUAAAAGAUCUCUGAUCUUUUGCACAUUUCUCUUGGUUUGAAUUUUGAACAAUCACACACCAUUGGGUGAUGUGGAAUCAAUUUGACAAGAAUUAGACCCUGCGAGAAGCCUUUAGCCGAAGAAAGAAACGUUUGAAUCAAAAAGCCUCAGCUUCUAUCUAGAGAUUGCUAUGAUCCACCAUUUUCGCCUCUCCACUUAACCGAACGAAUAAGUAGACCCAGCAGCAGGAGCCAAUUGGAUUCCGUGAACCGAAACGGUUUUGGACAAGCCUUUGACGGAGGAGGAAGUGACUGAACGGUGUCGUCAUAGUGAUUGUUCACUUCACGCCAUAUCAACCUCCUUUGGUAUUGCCUUCUUCCUCUUGCUAAAGCUUCAAUCUUUGAUUGUAAAGACUCUGGUUUUCGCAAAGUAUGAAGCUUUACAUUGAAGAUGAUGAACCGUUCAAGCUUCAGAAUUUGAGAGUUUAUGUUCGGAGUAUAUCUUUUACUGUGAUCAUUGGUUGAGGAGUAUGCAGCUCAGCUCUGUUUGUUUAAUCCUAUGUUUCUGUUGUGAGACUAGUCUGCGUUCAUGUAUUGUGGGGGGGGAUCAUCAUUGACUGCAAACGGAUCGGUAUGAACUGACCAAACCAAACCAAAACGAACUAAUCUAACCGGCUAAUUCAAUUUCAGUAUAAAAACUAAUGGGGCAGGUUUAAUGUAAUAUAAGAUUGGGACCAUACGAAACCCACACUACGACAAUAACUUAUGCAAGCUUCUUAACCCCAUUUACGUCAAACAUUUGAAGAUAUUGUCAUGAUUUGUUUGGAAUAUGUGUUGUUUGGCCGAUAGUCUCAUUUCAUCAUGAUGUCUAAUUUGUAGAAUAUGUUGGUUUUCUUAAGUUUGGGUUAAUUUAAUUUUAAUGCUAUUUCAGCUUUGAGAGAGAGAGAGAGAGAGAGAGAGAGAGAGAGAGAGAGAGAGAGAGAGAGAGAGAGAGAGAGAGAGAGAGAGAGAGAGAGAGAGAGAGAGAGAGAGAGAGAGAGAGAGAGAUUUUAUGUGUCUCUAGAUAUAUAGUUCUCUAUUCUAAUGGGGUUUCUCACUCCCACCAUCACUUCAGAAUGUCUAAUUUCAGACUCAGUUUUGGUUUGGAUUCAACUUCAUGAUUUUUUUUCUUUUACAAAAAGUUGUAUUAAUCUAAAUCUCUGUUGGUGACGUUUGUUCGAACCAAAUGUUUUCGAGUACAUAAAGUACAAAGCGUUUGAUCUGAAAAAUCUAUUGGAAUCAUACAUAACUAGUAUUAGGUGAUUUUCCCGAUAUAAAUAUUUCUAAAGUAAAUAUAUUAUAAUAAUUGAUUGCUACUUACAUUUAAUAUUAAAUUAAUUUAUAAUUUAUAUGCAUCAUUUAUAUUAAUAAUAUUAUAUUACUUUAAUUUUUAUAUAUGUUAUAUCUAAUCGGUUUUGUUGUUUUUUAGUCGAUUUAGUUAUCAUUUGGUUAAAUUAGAUUGCAUAUAUGAAUUCAACUGUAACAUUUUUUAUUCUAUAUAUUAAAAUUUUGAUUAAUUUCUUAUUUAUAUUUAUGUGGUUGUUAUCUUAGAUAUGUAAAUAUAUUUUAUGAAGAUUAUGUACAACGUAAGAUAUAUUGUGCUUAGAAUGGAAUAAAAAAAUCAACUAAAGUGUAUGAUUCCAAAUUACAUAAAUUAAUAUAACGAAACGAUAAUAUUCUGAAGUCUCAUUUAUAUAUAAUAAUUUUACAAAAGAACUAAAUU